AUGGAUGCUCCAGAGGCCGACCUCGAUAUCAAACUGCAGAAGAUCUCUGGGGAUCUCCUCGGCGACUUUGACCGCUCUCUCCACGAUUUCCUGUGGAAACCCGACGGCCAUGGAGGUUCACGGGUUCGCUCACGGGUUCGAGCCAAGGAGAUAUUCCGGUUGACGUCGACCCUUCUGGACCCUUUCCAGGAACUCCCGCAACUGCUCGACCCGUAUCUGCCCAAGUGGAUUCCCCUAUUGGCUGACGCUUUUCUGAAGCAUCUGCAAACUCGACACCGUGGGAAGACGCUGUCGUCUCGUUCCAAGCUGCUGGUGUCUGUAGAGUUCGCCAUCUGCAAGAUCCUGUACACCUUUUGCAAGAUCCGAGGAGAAAAGAUCAUUGUGCGGUUUCUCAAUGUCGAAACCAAGUACCUUGAACUUCUGCUCCUAGCUAUCGAGGAAUCAGAACAGCCCUCAGAAGACGAGGAGUCUCUGACAAGGUGGUCAUGGGAAGAGCGAUAUGUCGUCCUUCUUUGGCUUUCUCAUUUGCUCCUGGCACCUUUCGAUCUCUCCACCAUCUCCUCUGUGGACUUGCAAGAUAUUGACACCCCGGAAAUCCCAGGCAUGAAAUGGCCAGAAAAUCUCCCAGCCAUCACUGUCAGAAUGAUACCGCUUGCUAUCAAGUACCUCAGCACUCCUGGUAAAGAAAGAGACGCGGCUAAGGCCCUGUUAGUGAGGAUGGCAACUCGACGAGAUAUGCAGCAGCUUGGAGUUCUUGAAGGCCUUGUGAACUGGUCUCUCGCCUCGCUCCGGUCACAGAAGGACACCCCUCCGCAAACGACUUACUUUUAUCUUGGAGUCCUCUCCUUUCUAGCCGGUGUGCUACGAUCUUCGUCGGAUACCUCCGACAUGAACCCAUAUCUGUCAUCCAUCUUCUACGCUGUCCACGCCAUUUCAACGACCGAGACUGAACUCUCUAAACCUAUCGUAUCAUUUGCUUUGGCAAGAAAGAUGGUUCUCAAAGUCAUCCGAACCGUCGUCGUUCUUCUCUUGCGACAGACCCCGCAGGAUAUGAGAAGCACAGAGCUUACGGAAACCGCCAUCGGUUAUCUUCUGGAAAGCGUCGCCGACAAUGACACACCCGUACGCUUUGCAGCUAGCAAAGCUUUGAGCAUCAUUGCUUUGAAGUUGGAUCCCGAUAUGGCUUCUCAAGUCGUCGAGGCUGUCCUUGAGUCUCUCAACCGGAAUGUCCUCUGGAUCAAAACAACUGGAGCCAAGCCAGUCAGAGACCUGUCCGCCGUCAACAACCUUGAGUGGCAUGGUUUGACUCUGACGUUGUCACAUUUGCUAUAUCGACGAUCCCCUCCAGCCGCGCAACUAUCAGACAUCGUACACGCUCUCUUGCUUGGCUUGUCAUUUGAGCAGCGAAGCAUGUCUGGUGGUAGCAUUGGAUCGAAUGUGCGCGAUGCAGCUUGCUUCGGUAUAUGGGCACUGGCUCGUCGUUACGCAACCGAGGAACUCCUGGCAAUCCCUAUGAAAUCUGUAUUUGCAGCUAAAGCACAUCCCGCCGCCAGUUCCAUCUUGCAAGUUUUGGGCACUGAACUCGUCAUCACUGCCUCGUUGGAUCCCGCCGGAAACAUUAGACGUGGCGCUUCCGCUGCUCUGCAAGAGCUCAUCGGCCGACACCCAGACACAGUUGAACAGGGAAUCUGGGUUGUCCAGGCUGUUGACUACCAUGCUGUCGCCCGACGAUCCAGGGCCAUUGAAGAAGUAGCCGUGGGUGCAGCGAAAUUGGCCAACCAGUACGGUGAGGCUGUUAUGGACACUAUUCUAGGAUGGAGGGGAAUCGGCGAUCUUGAUGCACCAUCAAGACGAGUAAGCGGGACAACAUUUGGUGUCCUGACGCUUCAACUCUCCGAUGCCACUUGUGAAGACCCUUUUACCCAAUUCAAGGCCUCCUUCCGGCUGAUUGAAACGCACUUGAAGACGCUUCAAGCUCGUCAAGUGGAAGAACGACAUGGGUUAUUGCUGUGUCUUGCCUCAACCCUGGAUUGUUUUCCCGCAUUGAUCAACAAGGGGUCCGCCUUCGACAUGUCAUUAAUCCACGAAGUUCUCGAAUCGGCAGCUGCCAUUCUCGACGACCUGCAGGCAACUGCUUAUCGACGAGUGGAGCUCCUUGCUGAAGCGGCCAGUCGACUCGUUGUCUCGCUGUUGCCGAUUCUCCAAGUUGCACUCCUAGGCGUAUCUUCAGGACAAUCCGUUGGCACUGGCCAUGAACUUCUCUCCCUGGAGAAUGAAUCUGGUUACUUGAGUCUAGUGUCUGCCCUUGACUCCUCAGACAAGACAAAUGAUCAAGCGGCCCGAUUUCUUUCCUCGCUGCGUUCCAUUAUCCCGGCAUGGCUCAACCGAAACGAAGUGGACACUAUCGAACCGGCCGCAGAGGCAGCGUUGAUACUCCUAAUUUUCUCUCAACCAGACGACCGGAACAGCAUUCUGGGUGAAUGGGCCCAGAUGGUCCAGAAUCGACCGACAAGUCGUGCCACUGCCCACGGCAACGGAUACUUUUAUGCCUUGACUAUUGCUCAACCUCUUGCUGACCUGUCCGGCGAUGUUGCUUGUAAAGCCAUUUUGGAACGGUGGCACUGGGACAGUGAUGUCGAGACUAGAGUCGCCAUACUCCAGAGUCUCACGCAGAGCCGCAUUCACCACAACAAGCCGAUGGAGUUCUUGGGCUUGAUCGCAGAUAGCCUAAAUGACUACACUACUAAUGCAAGGGGUGAUGUCGGAUCCCACGUCCGAGUCCAAGCUCUGCGGGCCGUGAGGGCGUUAUGGAACAACUUGGGCGGUGUAUCUGCUAAAGGUGAAUGGGCAGAGGCAUCAGUACAAGCCCUUUUUUUCAGCGUCCUUCGUCUCUCAGCAGAGAAGCUUGAUCGAGUUCGGCCAGAAGCUCAGCUUGCAGUUGCAUUGGUCCUCGAGGAUAGUCACUCCACGCAGUUCCGCGAACUCACCUUCUCCUCUAUGCCGUACUUCCAGGCUCUUCUCCAUCUCCAUUCGGUUGACCACCUCCAGCCCCUGCUUCGGGACUUGGCAACGUCGGACCCGGGAGCCUGGAUGGCGGAGCUCCUAGCCGGCUUCGUCACGUCUGCAGACACGGGUAAUGAGGACCUGGUUAUUGCUAGUCGGGCCGCGCUGUCGGACUACUGCGAGGCCAACCAAGAGAAUCUCGACCUGGUAUGCCAAGGCCUGUUCCAGAACCUCAAGACGCGGCAAGGCCAAGACAGGGUCCUGGUGCCGACACUGGAGAUCAUUGCCUUCCUAUUCCACGUAGGGUUCUUCCAGAAGAGCACCGUCAACUUUCGCAGCCUUUGCCUACAAACUCAGAAGGCAGGAUACAAGUCGGGCAACGUGCGGAAACUCGAGGCUUGCGUCAAGGUGUAUAGCGGAAUUGCGUCGAUGGGGGAUCAGGCGGGCGCCGAGGCGGGCGUCAUGGAGGCCCGGAAGCGGCUGGGAGCACUGUUCUUCCACCCAUGGCCUCGAAUCAAGAGCGUGGUGGUCGAUGCGCUCUGGGGUCUCUUGGGGGAUCAAGAGGAUGUCGCUGAGCGCUUGAAGGGGGUCGACUGGGGAGUGGCAAAGAAGCCACAGAUCAAGGCCGUAGUGGAGGAUCUGCGACUAGGAUGA